CUCAAAUUGAAAGCCUACAAAAAGCUCUUCGAAACACUUUGGGGGAUACCGAAUUCCAGGAAUUGAAGAGAUGCAAGACAGAGUAUGACGACUUGCGGCAUGACCAGUCGACGGCGACUGCAUGAAUUUCAACAAUGCCCUCAUCCGAGAAGGCUACAAUGGCGGCCGUAAGGCUGCCCUUCUUCUCCGAAAGUCCGUCGAACGCCAUAUCCGUGACAUCGAUCCUCAGGCCAGCCCGACCAUCCAGUACCGAAUUCGCGUAUACGCCAACGUGCCGGGCCUGAUGAAGGUGUAUCGGGAAGCGAACAUUCUGCGUUCGAACGAAGCGCUGGAUCCGUUCAUUCGAGGAUUCAACAUGGAGAACUGUCUGUGUGACUUUAUCGACGCAGGCAAUGGCAAGGAGUGCUCAGAUGUCAAGUUACGGGCAACAUUCGAGCAAGACAUCCUAGACGUCCACUGUCGUCACAUCAUCUUCUGUGGCUCAACCGACAAUGGCUACGCACGUCUCCUCGGCCCCCACCAAGGCUCCAACCGUAUCUCCCUCGUCCAGGGAGCCCCCUUUGCAUGGGAGAUGGAGCAACUAGCGAACGAAUUCCAAACCACCUCCUUCCCCGAGGUCUUCCGAUCCACAAAACUCCCUUCACGAGCAUCAUCCUUCAGCGCACGCAGUACCGCCUCAGCCAACAGCUCCCCCUGCAGCUCACCCACCAAAACCAAUACCAACACCGGCCUCAUCACACCCCCAACCACACCCACACGCAACUACGCCACCAUCGCCAAGUCCAACCUCCAGACCACAUCGCCCAAGAGCUCCAAGAAAUCCAAAAUCUCCGUCAUCACAUUCGACAUCUCCCCUUCAUACGACACCCACUCCCAAUUCAGCAGCGUCCAACUCAACAGCAAAAGCCAACGCGUCGACCCGCCCCUCCGCCCCAGCAGCUACAAGAAUAUGAUCCGACUCCGAAACUCGAAGUACUGCAACCGGUAUCAUAUCUUGGGGCAAUGCGUUCCUGACAAUGAGUGCAGUCAUAAGCAUGGACGCAGGCUUGGUGUCAAGGAUGCUCAUGACCUCAGAUGUGUUUCGCGGAUGAACGUCUGUCCAAAUGAUAUCUAUUGUGUUGACGAGAAGUGUAUCUCGGGACAUCAGUGUCCGUGGGAACAUCAGAAUGGACAUCGCAUGGAGGACUGCAAGUUCCCGAAGGAAAUGCAUGGGGUUGAUCGGACGGUGGCGAUUAUACUAUAGCUUAGAUGACAGUUCUACGAGACUCAACACAAUGUACAUAAUAUUUAUGUUGACCUCAUGUUAUCUCAUUCAAUAUAUGCAUAUAUGUUUCCCCCAGUCCAACAAUCUAUAUCAGUGCUCUGACCUGCCGAUCGCUUCA